AUGCCUGGGUCGUCUACAACUCGAUGCGACCGAGACGCCCUUCUCCUUCUCAUGAUGUUCCAUUGUCUGCUUGAGAUAGCCAGCGGCAGCACACAGGAAUGGACGUAUCACAUGAAAGGUGCUAUUCAGGUUAUGAAGUACUACAGAAACCUCUACCCUGGUCCUCGGGACGUCGCGUUCAGCCCUGAGGUAGUAAAGUUCGUGCAUAUUUUCUUCAUCGAGAAAGAUACCUUUCUAAGAACCACAACUAUGCCCUUCAAUGAUACAGAAAAGGACGAUUUUGACAGCCUUCGGUGGUCGACCGAAAUCUCUUCACUUUUCCCUUUCCUAAAUUCCGGCAAUCCCACACGUGCUGACCCCUGCAUGGGUCUUUCGCCAGAACUACUGGACAUCAUUUCCUCCAUAAAUGAACGAGCCAGAGAUCAACUGACGUCUGGUCGUCCCGAAAUUAAUUACACAUUGCUUGACACUCUAAAAAGCCGGUUACACAAACUCGAAUUAAUAAGAGAGACAUCCGACCAAGCUCAAUUGGUCUACCUCAACUCCAUUGCCUUCCAAGAAGCAACAUGGAUCUAUCUGCACCACAUAGUGGGCAAUCAGCCACGGGAGAGCGAAGUGAUCCAGCGUUUCCAUCUCCCGAAACUGCUGGAAAUCAUCGAAUCAAUCCACCAAGCACAAGGCAUACAUCUCUGCUAUAUGCCCUACCCAAUGUGGGCUCUUUUUAUAGCCAGCUGCGUAGUUCCAGAGGAAAGACGUGUCAGGAUCCUCGAACUUUUCGCCCUUCUGAAACAAAAGAAGCCUAUGAGUAACGUUCCGUCGACUUUGUGUGCUGUUGAAGCUAUAUGGAAGCGAAGAGAUCUUGAAGCGGAGGGGACACAUCGGUAUUCCACUGCUCACCAAAAUUUAUGGGUUGACGUGAUAUCCCAGUUAGGAUGGAAGAUGUCAUUGACCUAG